GGCGGGGCGGAGGCUGGGGCGCAGGUUUGGCCGGGCACAGCCCAUGGUUACCCCCCGCGGGCCCGUGGACAGGUCCUCGGGCACCGCAGAGGCCCGGGCUUCCCGCCAGGGGGCGCUGUGGCCCCGCCUCGGCCGGGCCGUUACGUUUCCGGGCACCGAGGCCGGGGAGAGCCGCCAUCGCCGCCGCCCGGCGGGCGCCACUGUGGUCCGCUCCGGUUACCGGGGCAACGGCGGCGCUUCCUCCGGGUGGGCCGCGAUCGUCUCUCCGCGCCAUUUUCAAACUGCGCUCAGCGCCGGAGCCAUUGGCGGGCAGCGGGAGGAGCCGGUGAGGACGGCGGGGUCCCCGGGGCGAUGCGCCGCUGGACGGAGCCGGCGGCGGCGGGAACGGCGGGCUUUAAUUUUGGAGAGUGACUGAAUCUGGGUUGGGGAGACAAGAUGACCACCGCUGCGGAAAGGAAGUACGUGAACAUCAGGAAAAGGCUAGACCAGCUGGGCUACCGCCAGACUCUGACGGUGGAGAGUCUGCCUUUGGUAGAGAAGCUUUUCAGCGACCUGGUCCACACGACAGAGAGCUUGCGACAGUGCAGACUGGCCUCGACGAAGGCCGAGAAGGAAAGUGCCAACUUCGACUUCGUUUUGGAACCGUACAAACUCGAGAAUGCGAGACUGAGCAGGGAGAAUAAUGAGUUGUAUCUGGAGUUAAUGAAGCUGAGAGAAUACUCAGACCAGCACAUUAAAGAGUUGAAAACUGCAUUGAAAAAGUGUUCACAUGAGACAGCUGAUCUGAAGUUUCUGAAUAACCAGUACGUCCAUAAGCUCAAACUCCUGGAGAAAGAGAGCAAGGCGAAGAAUGAAAAAAUCCAACAACUUCAAGAAAAGAAUUUACAAGCUGUAGUGCAAACUCCCGGUGGCAAGAAAAGAAACAUUGCGUUUAGGCGCCAGCGGAUGCAGAUUGAUGAACCAGCUCCACCCUCUGAGGUCAGUUCGUACCCAGUUCCCCAGCCAGAGGACCCGUACAUUGCGGACCUCCUGCAAGUAGCUGAUAACAGGAUUCAGGAACUUCAGGAGGAAGUCCACCAGCUGCAAGAGAAGUUAGCGCUGAUGGAAAAUGGAGUGAGAAAUUACAGCAAACAGAUUGAACUAAGAGAACGAGAAAUAAAACGGCUGUCACUUGCUUUGGAUGGUGGUCGUUCCCCUGAUGUCCUGUCUCUGGAGACUAGAAAUAAAACCAACGAAAAGCUUAUUGCUCACUUAAAUAUUCAGGUUGACUUCCUUCAGCAAGCUAAUAAAGAACUCGAGAAGCACAUUCAGGAGCUCACGGAGACCAAGGAGACGGUGACGAGCGAGGUCGUGAACCUGAGCAACAGAAAUGAGAAGCUCUGCCAGGAGCUGACUGAAAUCGACCAGCUCGCGCAGCAGAUGGAAAGGCAUAAAGAGGAGGUGCUGGAGACCGCGGACAAGGAGCUCGGGGAGGCAAAGAAAGAGAUUAAAAGAAACCUCUGUGAAAUGCGGAACCUUGAGGAAAAACUGUCAAAACUUCAUGUGGAAUUAGACUUAUGCCAUAAGGAAAAGGAGAGACUAAAUGAUGAACUACUUCUAAAGUCAGACCUGGAAACUGUUGUUCAUCAGCUUGAGCAAGAAAAGCACAGACUUAGCAGAAAACUGGAGAAUUUUGCAGUCACAGAAAGAGAACUGACUUUGGAAGUUGAGAGGAUGAGGCUAGAACAUGGGAUAACACGUCGAGACAAAUCACCUUCUCGUUUAGACACAUUCCUGAAAGGCAUAGAGGAGGAGCGAGACUAUUACAAGAAAGAGCUGGAGAAACUCCAGCAUAUUAUCCAGCGAAAAACUUGUUCUGUAAAUUACUAUGCCCGGGAGAAAAAUCCAACAUUCAGAUGCUCAGAAAAGGGUGAUCACAAUUCAGAUAUUCAUCUGAUCACGAGAGAAAGAGAUGAGCUUCAGCGCAUGCUAGAAAGAUUUGAAAAAUACAUGGAGGAUAUACAGUGCAACGUGAAACUGCUCACAGCAGAAAGGGAUAAACUAAGUGUCUUGUAUAACGAGGCGAAGGAAGAGUUAUCUGCACUAAAACAGGAGUCCACUAACGUGACAGUCUCCAGCAAUCUUGUUAGCUGUAUGGAAAAGGAGAAAGAGCGUGUACUAUUUGACUUAAGAAGAAUUACAGCAGAAAACGAAGCUCUGAGAGAAAAAUUGGAAAGUAUCCAAGAAAUGAAUGUUUUUGGAAAAUCAGAAUUAGAGAAAACUAUUGAAGAUUUGACAUACAUGAAUCACCAGCUUGAAAAUGAAAAAUAUGAAUUGCAAUCUAAAAUAUUACUGUUGGAAGAAACAGUGGAGUCCCUAGAUAACAAGUCAAAGCUCCAAGCUCAAAAGCUUAGCCACGUGACUGGGGACUCCUCUCAUCAGAAAACAGAGAUGAACUCUCUCAGGAUGGUCAACGAUCAGCUGCAGCGGUCACUAGAUGACUAUCAGCACCGGCUCGCCCUAAAAAGAGGUGAACUUGAAUCAGCCCAAGAAGAAAUUAAAAUUCUGGAGGAAAAACUAGAGCAACUAAGCUGUAAGAUGGCGUCCCAGAGCGAGGAAACUCAAGCCAUGAAGAAGACCAUUGACGUGAUUGACAAAGAGAAGGACUUCCUCCAGGAGACUGUGGAUGAGAAGACAGAGAAGAUCGCCAGCCUGCAAGAUAGCCUCACCAGUAAAGAGAAAACUAUUGCCCAGGUGAAGGUCACAAUCACAGAGUAUGAAACAUCUUUGAGCCAGCUAAAGGACACCUUGGCUAACCGAGACCGAGAGAUAAGCAGCCUCCGACGGCAGCUGGAUGCAGCUCACAAAGAGCUUGAUGAUGUUGGGAAGUCUAGAGAGAUCUCUUUUAAGGAAAACAGAAGGUUACAAGAUGACCUAGCCACAAUGGCAAGGGAAAACCAGGAAAUCUCAAUGGAACUGGAAGCAGCAGUACAAGAGAAAGAGGAGAUGAAGAGCCGCGUCCACAAGUACAUCACUGAGGUGUCACGGUGGGAGAGCCUGAUGGCCGCGAAGGAAAAUGAAAACAAAGACCUACUAGAUAGAUUCCAGAUGCUUCACAACCGUGCCGAGGACUGGGAGAUCAAAGCCCAGCAAGCCGAGGGCGAGAAUAGCUCAGUCCGCCUGGAGCUGCUGUCCAUCGACACGGAGAGAAGACACCUGCGGGAUCGAGUGGAUCUCCUAGAGAAGGAGAUCCAGGAGCACAUAAACGCACACCACGCUUACGAGGCUCAGAUCUCAUCGAUGGCCAAAGCCAUGUCUCGGUUAGAAGAGGAGCUGCGACAUCUUGAAAAUGAGAAAGCAACAGCCUUACACGAUCUGUCAUCUCUCCGGGAACUUUGCAUUAAGCUCGACUCAGGCAAAGACCUCAUGACCCAACAGCUGAAUUCCAAAAGCCUUGAGCUUGAGAGGACAAUAGCAGAUUUGGAAAAUGUAAAAUCAGAAUCAGAACUGUUAAAAAAACAACUGACGAGUGAGAGACAGACGAUUAAAAAUCUUGAAAUGUUGUUAGCUACAAACAGAGAUAAAGAAUUUCAUUCCCAUUUAACCUCCCACGAGAAGGAGACAGAAAUCCAGCUGCUGAAGGAGAAGUUAAGCCUCUCAGAGAGCAAACUGACUAGCCAGAGCCGAGAAACCUCCAUGCUUCGGACUAAAGUGACGCAGUUGCAGGCAGAUUAUGAUACUCUGAAAAGGCAGAUUUCAAACGAGAGAUAUGAGCGAGAACGAGCAAUCCAAGAGGUACGUCGACUUGGUCUUCCUAUGUCACCUCUGAGUUCUACUCUGAGAUCUCCUUUACAGUCCCCUGAACAUAUAAAUGCAUAGUCAUCAGAAAGAGAGUGGUUUUCAGGAGUUCCCAUGGGGAUUUUUAUGAGAGCACAAGAGAAAUGAAAUAUUGAAGCACUUGUUCCUGUGAAUCAUGAACAUGGACACAAAUUCUACCUCUGUCAGCCUUUAUUUAAAUCAGUGGAUAUUUAUGUAAAAAUGUUUAGUUUAAAAGAGCCCUACAUGUAUAUUUUCAUAUAUGUGAAAAAAAGAAAUAUGUAUUAAUAAUAGUGCUUAACUGAUGUGAUAUGUGUAUUUUUAUUAUUCCCAACUAAAAUUGCUUCUUAAAAUGUUUAUACUGUGAAUUAAUUUAAUGUACUCACAUUAUGCUUUAAUAGUCUGUUAAUGAGCCAUAGUAUCUGCAUGUAAAUAUCCUUCCAUUAUUUAGAUGUGUUCAGUUUUCAUACCUAUGUGUAUAGCCCAUAGCUUGAUGAACUAAGAGAAUGGUCCAUUUGAUGCCUUUCUCUUAAAUAACAUCAGUCCAUAUUUGCUGUCUAUCAUCCAGGGGCAUAUAUUUAAAUAUCAUCUUAAUAGCAGAACUCCAUUUUUUUAAUAAGAGAAAGAGUUUAUUUGAACUUAUGGUUCCAGAAGGUAAAGUCCGUCAGGGACACAUGGCAGUGAGUGGCAGACAUAGCAGCCGGAGCAGGAAACUUAGUACCCAGAUCACAGAGCAGAGAAUGAACAGGAGGUAGGGAGGAACUGUGUGCUCCGGAAGCCCUCCCCCGGGACAUAUCUGCUCCAGUAAGGCCAGGUGUGAGGUGUCUCAGCCUGUGGGGUGGUUUCUCAUUCAAACCAUCACGUUUUGUUGAUGUAACCAAAAAUGUAACUGAUACCAUUUCUCGGUUUCCUGAGAUACUUUGUUAUUUCUGAAGUUUCAGACCUGGAGAUCAAGAAGUUCGGCUACUUGUUUAAAAUUAUUUAUGUUACCAUCAACUUUGAAAAGUGUCUCCCUGGAUGUAGAGCCCUAGCCAAUAGGAUGUUUCUCUCAUUGAGCCUUUGAAAGAGGUGACUUUUUUAUGUGCCUAGUGACCUCACUAGCAGAACUCCUGAUAAAGUAGUUAUUGUAAUUAAUUAUUGCAAUCUGGAAGAACUCUGGUGGAAAAGAUACAUUUGUCUAUGAUACACAUUUUUUUGGCUGUCAUGUGGACUCUUCACAUGAUACAAUAUUUUAUUAGAAUUAAAUUAAAAUAUAUUCAGAGUUUUGUAAAAUAAUAAAGUGGAAAUUUGGGGUAUUUU